GAUAAACACGGUCGGAGGACAUCGGGACAUCGCUCCCUCUCUCCUUGAUCGUUCCGUCGACGAGAUCGCAGGAUGGCAUCGUCCACGGUGGCCGUUCCGUCCGGGGCCGCCACGGUAUCGCCGACAACGAACGGCGGCAUUACCACGGCGACUGGCACCGAGGAGAUCGACGGUGGCGAUAUAUUCGGCGAGCGUAACUCCGUCGGCGGCUACAACAGUGGCAAUCCCGGCGAUGCCCUCGAGGAGAUAACGUGCGGUAAUGGCGAGGCCAACGAUCAGGGUUGCGCCUUGUGUAUGAGUAAGCUGUGCUCACCCAGGGUUCUCUCCUGCCUCCACGUGUUCUGCGAAACUUGUUUAGACAAGCUUCUCAUGGACGAGGCCGGGGAUUCCAAAGUGGGCUCCAUCAUAAGCUGUCCCGUAUGCCAUCAAGAGACUUCCGUUAGUUCUAAGGGCGCCGCGUCGCUCACAUGCGACUAUGUUCUUACCAAUAUAUUGGAUAUGUCCGCUAUCGAGAACAUGGCAGUACUAUGUACCUCCUGCAAGGCCAAAGAAAGCGCCGUGGCGCGUUGUUCGGAUUGCGCCAAUUUCCUGUGUCCAAAUUGCAACACGGCGCAUCAGUUUAUGCGUUGCUUUGAGCACCAUAAAGUAGUUGCCUUUGAAGACUUGAAGCAAUCCAACGAAGCUAUUCCAAUACACAAACCAAUAUUUUGCGAAUCCCAUCCCGCUGAAAAUAUGAAGUUUUAUUGUCAUACAUGCCAGGAACCUAUUUGCAAUGAAUGUCUGCUUGUGGAGCACAAAGCACCGGAGCAUCAAUACGAACGACUGACAGAUGCAGAACCACGACAAAAGGAAGAAUUAGUCAAUUUGAUGACUGAGAGUAAAGCAAAAAUUGUUGAAUGCGAUCAAGUUUCGGUACAAUUGGAGAAUGCACUCAGCGAGCUGCAAGUACAACAUGACCAAGCAAAAGAUUUAAUUAUGGAGACUUUUCAAAGUUAUAAAGCUAUAUUGGAGAAAUGUAAAGAUAAUGCGUUAACCGAGCUCGAGAAAUUGCAUUCGGACAGAGAACUUGAAAUUAUGGAUACUUUUCAUAGUGUUGAAAAGACAGUAGAAAAAAUAGAGGAUGCUUGUCGUUUCACUUCAAGACUCCUAGAACAUGGUGAUGCAGUGGAGAUUUUGGCCCUUCGUCGUAUUGUAAGAGCUCAAUUGAUGAAUUUGAUUAAAAAUACACCAAAACACAAUGUAACAUUCUCUAUCGAAUUUCAAACGGAUUAUAAUCAAUUUGAGAAUACUGUAAAGGAAGUAUUUGGAAAAUUUCGUACUGAAAGCACACCGGAAGUGAAAACUCUUCCUGAACCAAUUUCAACAGUAUCAGGAGUCUCUACAAAUCAGCAAAUGGUUCACACCACUUCAAUGGGUUGUCCAAGUUCUAUCAGCACAAGCUCUCCUAUUUCACUUCCCACGUCAAUGCAAUCCUCUUUUGAAGGUGAACCCUCAUUUGUUAUACCACCAACUUCGAGUCCUCAAAAUAUUCCACCACCUCCACCACCCGUACCUCUUCCACCAGGUACGGUUCCUAUCCAUGGACUGACUAGUAUCCAAGAAUACAAUCUGCAACAACUGGCCAGUUUAGCAGAGAAGGUAGAGAUGGUGGGUGACACUGGUGUAGUUGGAUCUAGCUCGAAUCCUAGUCCAACUCCGCCCUUUUCUUUGGUAGACUUAUUUACUGGAGACCUAAGUUCAACGAGCCAUGCCAUCAAUAAUUUACAAGCUCUUGCAAAAUUAGGAAAUACUCUUGGUAAUCAAGAUCUGGGAAAUGCCACUAUUAAUGGUGGUGGUGGAUUAGUAUUGGGACGUGGACCUUCACCAGCCAUUGUAGACAAUCCAAAUCUGGGUCCUUUGGCUACCAAUAGUCUAUUAAAUGGAGGAUUUCAACCAUUGUCCUCUUCUACUUCGCCAAUACUUUCACAGGGUGCUGAUGACUUAAUAGGUGAUUCUAUGCAUAACAUGCCUGUAGUAGUAGGAAAUACCGUUGCUAAUGUAACUGGAUCAGGGACAGGGAAUUAUCCUGCUCACCCAAGAUCUCAAAAUACGAAAUUGACGCCUAUGCAUAUCCGAAGCAAGUUUGGACAAUUAGGACCCAGUAAAGGGCAAUUUAAUUCGCCUCAUGGAUUUUGUUUGGGAACUGAUGAAGAUAUUAUUGUUGCAGAUACGAAUAAUCAUAGGAUUCAGAUUUUUGAUAAGACUGGUACCUUCAAAUUUCAAUUUGGUGUUCCUGGUAAAGAGGAGGGACAAUUAUGGUAUCCCAGGAAAGUGGCUGUUAUGAGAAAUAAUGGCAAAUUUGUUGUAUGUGAUCGUGGAAAUGAACGAUCUCGAAUGCAGAUAUUUACAAAGAACGGUCAUUUUAUUAAGAAGAUCGCUAUUCGUUACAUCGACAUCGUAGCUGGCCUAGCUGUUACCAGCCAAGGACAUAUUGUGGCUGUUGACAGUGUGUCGCCAACUGUGUUCGUAAUCAGUGAUACAGGAGAUCUUUUGAGGUGGUUUGAUUGCAGUGACUAUAUGAGGGAACCAAGUGAUAUUGCUAUCAGUGGCAAAGAAUAUUUUGUUUGCGACUUCAAAGGACAUUGUGUCGUGGUAUUUAAUGAAGAGGGUAAAUUCCUGCGUCGCAUUGGCUGUGAGAAUGUAACAAACUUCCCGAACGGGAUUGAUAUUAGCGAUGCAGGAGAUGUAUUAAUUGGAGAUUCACAUGGUAAUCGUUUUCAUGUAGCUGUUUUCUCCAGAGCUGGUUCUUUAAUUUCAGAAUUUGAAUGUCCAUAUGUGAAGGUGUCUCGAUGUUGCGGCUUGAAAAUAACUUCGGAAGGAUAUAUUGUAACACUGGCCAAAAACAACCACCAUGUCCUUGUAUUAAACACUCUUUAUAUAUUAUGAAGUGGCAUCAGACGAGUAAGUAUGUUGUAAUUUUCUUCUGCAAAUGGAAACUUAUUUUGGAAACUGCUCUCAACGAAAAAUGGGAAAGGCAUGCCCAAGGCAUUACGUUCCAAUUUUGGGCCUAUUGAAGCAAUAGAAACAAGUGCAGCAUGCAGCUUUAAUAGUUGUAAAAAUAUAAUGCGUCCCCGUUUUAUGAAAGUAACAAUAUUGAAAACAAAAAAAAAAAGCAGAAAGAUAAUGUACGUCUCCGACCAAACAGUAUAAUAGUAACUUAGCAAUUUGCAUUUUGGUAAACUGCCAAAGUAAAUUAAAUUAACUAAGUGGAACCAGUUUAUUGAGAGAAAGAAAAAAAAAGGAGGAGCAGUAAGCUAUAAUCGACCAACCAGUCAGUUGGGUCGUUUGUAGUAGCGAAAGCAAUUUACAAUGGCCUUCCGUCAAAAUUGGUUGUUGUACAUCAUUUUUGACAUACGUCAGUAUUUUAAGUAUGUUUAUAAAUCAAAUUAUUCUAGUCUCCGACGAGCACUUUUUGCGCGCUGGUUUCGAUUUGUGCUCGAAACAAGACGUUCUCUCGUCUUGAUUUUUUAUUAAUCAAGAAUGUUUGUCUUCUUAGUCCUAACUGAUGCUUCAAGAUGCAUAUAUAAGUACAGAGAUUAUGUUUAAAAGGUUUUCCUUUAAGAGCUUCUAUAAGUAACUAAUAAGCUCAGCAGGAUAAAAAUUUCAUGAUAAAAGGAUCAAAAUUUUUCGCUUAACAGAAAAAUUAAAAAAAAAAAAGAAUGUUGCAUGCUGCGAGGUAGUUGAUAGUACUUCCUGCUCUUGUCAUAUCGUAUUUCUAAAGAAGAGAGAAUGAAAUGAUACUCCUCAUUGCAGCAGGCACAAAGCUUAAUAAGAGCCAUGUUCCUGAUUUCUUUCUGCGCGUUUAAAAAUGAUAGUUGAGAACAUAAUAUAAAAACAAAGUUAAUGUGCAAGGAAUAGAUUAUGGUAUGUUGAAAAUCAAACAUUUAAUAUCUUAUAUAAGAAGUGUCGUACAGAGAGGAUACACUUUGAGCAUAAAAAGAAAAGGGAAAUAAUUAUUAUAUUUACAUUAUAAUUAUAAUAUUUACAUUUACGGAAAAAAGAAAAAAACGAGUAGAUCCCAUUUGUGCAUUGUUAAAAUUAGACGAGACACAUAAUGGUUACAAUAUUUACUCAGGAUGCUUUAUUAUAUGUGUGGUCCACCAUAUGAAUAUGAACAUAUAUGCGUGUGUGAAUUAUAUUGGUUUGUGGUGCUAGUGAAUAAUGUAUCCAUACCGUGUAAAUGUAUUUGUUAUAAAAUUACAGAAAUCGCUCCCGCGCAUUUUUUUACAAAAUGCAAGGCAACGAUUUCGCAUAAUAUAUUAUAUAAGAUUCGUAAGAGUACCAUAUACCACCGGUAUCAUAGGGACGAUACUUUAUCUAUGUAAAGAAAAAAAAGAACGUACAGUUUGCUAAACAACCUCUAUUUAUGUAUAUAAUUAACAUGAGAUCCAUUGAAAAAAAAGGAAAAGUAAAACCACAUAAAACACCUACAUAUAUAGAAAUACACAUAUUUUUUAGGGUUGUUUACAUGAUCAGCCUUAAGAUUUGAUUGAACUAAAAUGCAAUGUGUAUACAACAUAUGUAAAUCGGAUAUUUGGCAGAUUGCUACACACACAUACACUGUGUUACCUUACAUUAUCUACAAUAAUGUUUAAUUACGAAUACUAUCUUGCCAUACCAAAUGUUAGGUAGCACAUAUAUUCAUAUAUACAUAUAUAAAUAUAUAUAUACAUAAAUAUAUUAUAUAUAUGUAUAUACUAUAUAUUUAAUAUAUAUAUAUAAAAUAUAUAUAUGUUUAUAUUUAUACUUGACUAGCUUUAUCAGAUUCAUUUGCAUACACAGGAAAUUUGCGAUAAUAUCUGAUUUCAUUUUUCAUAUAAGACAAGUAAAGAAAAAAAAAUCAGACGAAUGAGAAACACGCAAAGAGAGCAGUACUAGGAGGCUAUUUUAAAACUCGCGCAUAUAACAUCGGCAUUUGUAGUAAAUUGCACGAAGCCUACAUAUACAUACACCUAAGCUAAUCAGUCGUACUCAUCUCUCGUGUAAUGUUAGAAGUUUUAAUUUUAUAUGUAAAAAAGAAAAAAAAGAAAAGAAAAACUAAUUCUGAAAUAUUUAAUAGUCAUGGUUAGCAGAGUUAUAUAAAUAAUGCCUGUGAUAAUAGUAUCGUCAGGAUAAGUUGUGUCCUUAAAGAGUCUCUGAUGUUGUUGCUAGGUAAAUAUAUUAAUUAGAAGUGUAUCAAUGUGAGAUUACCAUUGGUGCCAUCUGAAAGGUGUGUCUCACAAGCACAAUAACACCUAAAUACAGGGAGUCAUCAAUCGUCUCUCCAAUGAUACACAUUAAAUAUAAAAUGGAAAAAAAAGAUAUUCAAAAUAAAAGAGAACACAUGUUGCAAAAAUUUUUGCCAGUCAUAUUAAAAACUCAUAGCGUGUAACGAAUGGAUGACCAUUAACGAGAGGGUCUUUUACCUCACAAAAUUAUUAUAUUACGCUCACACCUUAUAUAUACUUGAAUAUUUUAGUAUAGAUUUACUCUAUUUACAUAUUUUUAUCUGUGGAAGACUACUUGGCUAAUUUAGGCCACUGUUGAAAUUCACCCCUUAUUUGCCUUGAUGUUUAAAUUACAACAAUAAUAUAAAGAAAAAAGAAUAAUAAAGAAUGAGAAUUACUUGUUACGUAAAUGGUAAUUGUGAUAGAUUUUUUGAUGAUUUUUACAAUCUCAAAAGUCUUAUUAUAUCCUAAUAUGUAUAGAAUUAUAUAGUCACUCUGUACGUAAUAGAUAAACUUUGCUUACAUUGUUAAACUAAUAUUUAAAAACAGAAGCUCUCAUAUAACUAUAUCCACACUAAACAGUUUUACAACUGAUGGUGUAAUCGAAGAAAAGAUCGUAUUUUGGAUAUAUGCAAUAGGUUCCCAUGUAUUACUUUAGCAGUACUAUUUUUAUUGCUAUACAAAACUUCCAAGGCCUUUUAGGUGCCACAGAGAUUCUCUCCGAUAUAAUUUCAAACAGAACUAUUUGAUUUUACGUACGACCGAAUUUUUCUUUUUUUUAUGCGCUAUAUUCGUGCUGUGUAAUUUCAUUUACGGUACCGUUUCCUUUUAUAAUUGUAAUAAUUAUCAUUUGUUUUAUUUAUAAUUUAAAGUUGGCGCAAAUAAUAUGUUCCAAUUUCAAAUUUGUUUUUAAUAUGCCGUUUUACAAACACUAUUUUACGAUACAACAUAUAAGGAAGACAUUUAGAGCGCGCUUUGAGCUGCUUUACUCCAAUCUAAAGAAAAAAUUUGAAAUUAUGCAAGACAGAAUACUUGUCAAUCAUCAAAUAUGUCGUGUGUUCGAGGAAGAAAGAAAAAUUGUUGCUAUAUAUCAUACACACAUGUACACAGACACGAAUAUGUUCCUGAUUUCGAAAAGAAAAAGAAUUGCAUAUAUUAUACAAUAAUGACAUCUACAAUUAUAUAAAUGAUAGGACUAAAAUGACACGACAUAAACUGAAUUCUAGCCUACGGUUAAUCAUAGUCUUCCUAGAAUCCUAAAAAAAAGAGUUAUGACUUUGCUAUAUUGAUUAGGGCAUGGCCAAUUAACAUUAUAUAGCUGGUUAUAAAUGAAGAGAGAAGCGUAACAAAAAGAGGAUUAUCGUACACUAAAUUAAAAGCAAAUGAUUACAUUUUAUUACACAUGGCUUAUACAUUAAAGGUCCGUGAUCAGUUUCCUUUUUUUCAUAUUCAUUCUUCAGCAUAAUUUAAGUUUUAUAUAUAUAUAUAUAUAUAUACAUAUUUAUAAGUUAUAUAUUGAAAGAAAAAGAAAGAGAAGAAAGGAAAGUCUAUGAUCAAAAAGAAAAAAAGGGAAAAAAACGUAAAAAGAAAAAGUUGUAGUUUAUUAUGUGGUAAGCGUUCUGCAUUAUUUUUGUAACAAUAUUUUUAUUCCUUAUUCGCGCGCUCAUAUACACCAUCUUAUAUAUCACUAAUUUUAUCUUUAUGCAAGCAUUAUGUGUUCGAUUGGCUGUUUUCGACGCUAUUAUAGCGUACUCUUAUCCGGAUACAUUAGAAAUAAUCCCUUCGGCAGAUAUAUUGCCAGAGGUUUACGUUUGAGCUUUGCUCCAUUUUGAUCUAUCACAUUUUUAUUUACGCGAUAUUUAACAAAAAAAAAACACGGAACUGCUUCCAUAUAAAUGUGUAUUUAUAUUAUUUAUAUACUGUUUUGUUUAAUUGGUUUUAUAAAUUUCUUGAUAUAGUUGUAUCUCUCUCUUAUUUGAGAGAAGAUAAGAAAAAGAACGUUAUCGCGAUCGAUUUCUAUUGCACAACAAUUUAUUUGCAUUUUAGUUGUGUUCUUUUUCACGUUUAUUUCGUUUUUGCUUUAAUUUUUUAAUUGUUGUCAUAUUCUCUUUUUUUUUUCUUUGUUUGAAAUACUCAAUCUGAGGUGGCAUGACAACGAAUUGUAUUGUAGUUUGUCGUACUACUUCAUUGAAAGGAGCAGAAGAGAGCGAUUAUAGCUCGUAUAGAUAUAAUGAGUAUUCAUGUUAAUUGUAACUUUACGAUUUAACUGCAUUCCAAAAAUCAAUCAUUUUAUCCUUCACAUUUUAUGAGAUAGAGAAAUUAAAUUCUUUAGUGCCAAAACAGACUAAUCAGAGUAUUUAUAUAACAUGUAUAUUGCUUACGACUUGUUUUUAUUCCUUAUGAGUUUAUUUUAUUCGUCUCUUUUGAGUUUUUUUUUUUCGCGUCGUGUCGGGAUAUCGAAGUUUUUAGAAUAAGAAGACAAAAAUUAUAAGAUUAAAUCCUUGCUUAGUCAGUUAAAGUACAAAUAUUUAAUAUAUUCUAUCUUUAGAUGAUAAGUGUAACGCGAAAGGCGUGUUAAAAGGCGUAUAUACUGUUACUUGGUUUCAUUCCUCAAACAGCACUAGCUUUAUUUAUUUGCAUUAGUUUACACAAUGUAAUACUUAACAGGCUGAGAAAUGAGGGUAAAAGAGAAAUGCUUUUGCCAUUGCCCUGUAUAUACAUACACACGACACACAUACGCGUGUAAUAUUUAUUUUAAAUAUUACAACACACGUUCCUUUUGGAAGUACUUUGUUUACAUAUCAAAUUGACCACUAAACACGCGUUACAUACAGUUGCAUUCCAACUUGGUAUGCUAAAAGGUGUCGACGUUUCAAGUAGCAUACCCACGAAUAUAUCCCUGAUCUCUCCCACGUUUCCAUCUUACUUUUAAGUAGCAAUUGUGAGGCUGAACGAAAAACAACUCUGUGGUAAAGCGAUUACAUUUAUUUAUCGGUAUUAUCGGUUUCGUAAAAGGCUUUUUUGUUAGCAACGGACUGACUUGUCAUAAGCGAGAAAAAUAAGUAUCUGUUGUAAUACCAAGAACGAUCGCUUUACCAAAAGUUUAGCCUGCCUCCGGUACAUUUAUCUAUAUGCAAAAUUAGUUUAGUAUUAGGUUCUCUCGAAUUUAUCUAACAUACAUGAAUAACAUGUAUUUGAAAUGAACUUUUUAAUUAUUUAAUUUGUGUUAUAUGCAUUAUGUCUGUAAUAGAACUGUGUGCGAAAACUGAUUAUGGAUUACGCUGUGUAAACCAUGUUUUCCUGAAACCUCCAUUGGUAUUUUGCAUAAGAAACGAAUUAUAUCUCUGAAAAAGGAAAAGAUUUUAAAUGUUCCGACAUCACACUUCUACUUCAAAAUGUAAACUGUAUAAGAAUAGUACAACUGAUGAUGAGAAAAGGUAAAUUGUAAUUGCAAUAUGGAAAGCGUGUAUACCGAUAUAUUUUUUAUAUGCUAAUGAGAUGUCAAGGAGCAUGGUCACCUUGUAAUGUAUUAUUUAGAGCUAUACAUGUCCAGAUCGCGCGACUGUGUACACACAAAUCAGUUUCCUCGAAAACUAUUACUCAGCCUUUAUAUUAAGCACCUUCUUCCUCCCUUGUUAUCGGACUAUUUGAAUUUCAAAGUAUUUCAAUAUGUAUCUGUUUCUUAGUUUACGAAUUUUUAUUCUUCCAAAGUUUGUCAAGGCUAGUCCCCGAGAUAUCUGUAACAGAUCUAUAACUCUCUUUUUUUUCCUCCUUUUAUCUUUCUUUUUAUUUACCGCAUAUCAGAGCUUUUUUUCUAUAUAUCUUGUAUCUAUCUACAAAAUUUUAAGUUUCAUUUUUAUAUAAAAUAUAUUCAAAUUUAAUGGUAUUAUACGUAUACACAUCUAUAUACACUUUUACAAAAAAAAAAAGGAAAAAAAAUAUUUUAAUCUACAUACCGUAUUACAUAAUUAAAGAUAUGGGACAUUUGCUACUUAUAUAUAUAUAUAUAUAUAUAUUUGUCAAAUGUAUUGUAUUGAAAAUAUUUUAUUAUAGGAUGGACACAGAAUUUAGCCUUAAAAAAAGAUAAAUGCUCUCCGUUGAUCGUACAUUGCUUCAUCAUAUCAACUCAAUUUGCCAUUGCCUGUCAAUUCAUAUGUACUAUCCUAUACUAAGAUAUUCUCAAAUGAUAUAUCACUAUAUGCAGUUAUUUGAAACGUGUAGAGAUAUACAUUCUUGUCUGCGCAUAGGCUGCAAUGCAAUAAUAAUAUAUUGUGAUGCUCACAAAGCACAUAACACAUUUUACCAAAAUUGUAAUGUUUAAAUAUUUCAUGUGAUUUUGGAGAAACUGUUAUAUAUUUUUUAUUUCCUGUCAAUUGUUUAAUUUGUAAUGUUGUUCUUUGUUCUUUUUCAAUAAAGUAAUCAACUGAA